AUCCAUGCAGACACUGUCGCACCCACGUGCAAAAUACACGUCGAACACGAAGUGUACGAGUCGAAUUCAGUUACAAAAGAUCUCGUAUCCGAUAGAGAAAUAGUGAUUGUUGACAUUUGUGGUAGCUACUGUUUUUCAAAUUGAAACAUUACUGAAAGGUUUUAGUGAUAAAUUAUAAAAAAAAUUGUGUGGUGUAGAAUGCCCAAUGAAAAAUGUUUUCGUCUCAAUAUCCACGGCAGCAUUCUCCUGCGGUGUCGAGUAGUAAUUUUACUGUCAGUCAGUAAACCGAUGCGCCUUGCCUUUAAAGUGUCGACAGUACCGUGGUAGCAUAGCACGCGGUAUGUAAGAAAAGCCGAUUUUAAAACUAUAAAUAAAGACUUUUCUAAAAAUUCUAAAAAGAUUGUUCAGUGUUAAUUAAUAGAAAGUGUUAAUUGAUAAUGUGAAAAAUUAAUGCUUAAUCAUGUUGGAAUUGAUUCGAAAAGCUAAUAAUUUAGUCAGCGGGCCAACAACUUACACCGCCCAAUAUAUUAAUUUGAGGAAAAAGGAAAAGGAAAAACCAGUGAAACCAUCGUUAAGUAUAACUAUAAGACCGAGAAGUUUAUUAUGUGCCGCUUACACUGAAGAUACGAUUCAUCGAGGGUGUCAUAAUCAAAGUAAUACUUGGAAAUUUCAUAGACCAAGACCAAAAUCAAUAAGUGAUGUGCCGCCGGCAACCGCCGUGAGCGUCGGAUCUCCCGUACGUUGUUCCCAAUCCAGGGUCAGCAUGGAUAGCCCAAAGAAAUCACCACAACAUAGUCCAGCAUCAGCUGAAAGGUCUACAUUAAAAGUCCAUCUACCAAAUGGAUUAAAUGUAAUAAAAUACAGCGAUGAUACUGAUGUAAAAACAAUGAUAGCAUUGAUAACGGAAAGGCUUUCGAACACGGAUAGAUAUUACAAGAAUCUUUACUCGAUGAGGCUAGUGCAUACAACAACAGGAGAGACGCAUUGGUUGCUCCAAGAUACGACGAUGGGUCAAAUCCAAAACAGAUAUCUUCACAAGCACCCGCUUUCAGAAUGGAAAUUCGAAUGUCGCGUUAGAUACCUACCAACGAGUCUUCGGGAGCUCUGCGAGAAAGACCGGAUAACGUUUUAUUAUUUUUUCGAUCAAGUUCGACAUGAUUACCACGCGAGUAAUGUGAUAAUCGAACAAGAUGUAGCCGUUCAAUUAUGUUGUUUGGAGGUGAGGUAUUUUUUUAAAGACCUGGCGGCUUCUGCGAUCGAUAAAAAAUCAAACCUUGAAUAUUUGGAGAAAGAAAUCGGAAUGAAUAAGUUUUUGCCGCGCGUUAUCAUCGAUACAGUUAAACCAAAAACGUUGCGAAAGUCGUUGCAAUCAAAUUUUAAAAAGUUUAGUCAUUUAAAUGAAACGGAAUGUAUGUUUGAAUUCUUUCGACUUUUGAAACCCUAUUACAAGUACGAUGAGGAACGUUUUAAAGUCGAUUUGGGUAGCGAAUGGUCAGUUCCUGUUGAAUUAAUUGUUGGACCUCAUCACGGAAUCUCAUACAGCGGCGGACAGAUACAAAAUUGUAAAAUCGCCGAGUUUAAUCAGGUUCAGGCAAUUCAAACGCUAGUCAGUGAUUGUGAUAAACACUCGAAAGCCACGCUUCAACUCAGGAUUGCGGGCGCUCAAGAAAUACUCUUCAUUACUUGUCCGAACUUGCCUGUUGCUGAAAGUCUGGCUGAUUUAAUUGAUGGUUACUUUAGGUUACAUUCUGGUACCCAUAAUUCUAUAUGGAAUAGAAAAGCGACUGUUUGGAAACAAUUUCCGUGUCCAUGCAAAGAGACUACUCCGGGAAAAUUGUUGGGAAACCAGAAAGAUAAUCUUAAUUUUACCGGUACGAUGUUAUCGGAAGAUUACGCGGAAAUUGUUGAUGAAGAGGGGGAUUAUUCAACGCCGGCAACUAAAAAUUACGAAUUAAUUCGUACGCAAAUCGAAUUAGGUGAUAUAUUAGGUGAAGGUCAAUUUGGCGAUGUUCAUAAAGGAGUUCUAAAGAAUAAAGAUGGAACUACAGUUCCUGUGGCUGUGAAAACUUGUAAAGGAGAUGCGGAUCCAGCGAGGACAGAAAAGUUUUUGGAGGAAGCUUAUAUUAUGCAAAAAUUUGAUCACCAACACAUAAUAAAAUUAAUGGGAAUUUGUUCAGCUUCUCCAGUUUGGAUAGUAAUGGAAUUAGCAAAAUUAGGUGAACUUCGCGCUUACCUACAAAACAACAAAAACCAAUUAGAUUUAAGCUCCCUUUUACUAUACGCAUUCCAACUGUCAACCGCUUUAAGUUAUUUAGAAUCGAAAAAAUAUGUCCAUCGGGACAUCGCAGCCAGAAACGUUUUGGUUAGUUCACAUAAUUGCGUAAAAUUAGCCGAUUUCGGAUUAUCUCGGUGGAUGGGUGAAGACCAAAGUUAUUAUAAAGCAUCGAAAGGAAAACUACCCAUUAAAUGGAUGAGUCCUGAGAGUAUUAAUUUUAGAAGAUUUACGACGGCCAGCGACGUUUGGAUGUUCGGGGUUUGCAUGUGGGAAAUUCUUAUGAUGGGUGUCAAGCCGUUUCAGGGGAUUAAAAAUAACGAUGUGAUAGGAAAAAUUGAAAAUGGGGAAAGAUUGGCUUUACCACCUUGUUGUCCACCAAGAUUAUAUUCGUUAAUGUCGCAAUGUUGGUCUUAUGAACCUAGCAAGAGACCUACUUUUAAGGAAAUUAAGGAAAUAUUAAAUGAGAUUUUACUAGAAGAAAGAUCUGCAGCUCAAGAAACCUUAAAAAGAGAAAAUAGACGAGUGGCAGCUAUGUCAUGGGGUUCAGGUGAAGAUAUGCCCCCUCCACCAAAACCUUCAAGAUAUCCAAUGCAAGGCGUUGAUUCAGUAUCUUUGGCAUCUGGUCCAACAACAAAUCCAGUGUCGCAAACAUAUAUAAUAGCCAAAAAUCCGGAGGUGUUGGCCCAUUUAAUGAAAGAAAACGAGAACCGCGGAUUUUCACCUUCAGCUUAUACAACACCAGCUUCGGUAUUUAAUUCAGUAGCAGUAGAAUUCGAAAAGAAAGAUGACGUUCCCGAACCGGUCCUAAAAACCAUGCCGAUCCCGAUGCAAAGUCUCCAAAAACUUGAUCCCGAGGUCCCCGACGGCCCCCCUCAAUCGAUGAAUCUCGAUCAAACUCAAAAACCUGUUCAAACCCAACAACAGAAAUCGACCGGAACUUUAGAACGUACCCCGUCAAGAUCGAGUAACAGCAGUGGAACCCCAAAAAUGGGUUCGUUAGAACGGAAAUCUAGUUCCCCAAAAAUGAAUUCUCUUGAAAGAAACGCCCAGAUUGCUAACAGUUCUCACGGUAGCUUAGAGAAAACGGGAAUGUUUAGUCCUAAGUUAGGUUCUUUGGAACGAAAAUCUCAUUCGGGUUCUCCAAAUAUGGGUUCUUUGGAACGAAAUACCCCGAUAAGUUCUUCUUCGGGAACUUUUUCUCCCAAAAUGGGUUCUUUAGAGCGAAAUGCCCACGUAAUUUAUCCGGAUCGUAUUCCCAAUUAUCACCCAGAACCAACUUUGUACACUAUUAAUGCUGAAAGAACUCAAGUUUUUGAAGAAAGUAUUUAUGAUUUUGGUGGUGCUGACGUUAAAAGUUGCGCUCAUAAACAACCACAACCAUAUUUUAUUCAACAAAAAUUAGCGACGGCGUUUGUUAUUGAAAAGGAAAAAGAUGUUCGAAUACAGUCGACAUCAUCUCAACAAUCUAUUUACGGCGAUCUUUUAUUGGAUAACUCUAAAUGUCACGACAUGGAAAAGUUAUUUCUUGAGCACAAACUUAGACAACAACUUAGAGAAUCCGAAGAAGACCAACGAUGGCUUGCUGAAUCAGAAACUAAUUUGAAAAAAAGAUUAAGUAUUGCGCCCUCCCAAGAACUUGAUUCAUCGUCAGAUUAUCCGCAUUCGAUGGUCUCAAUCCCCACUAGUCCUCUUUCAACGUACGCAAAUUCGCAUAAUUUAUCCAGUAGUUUAGGCAGCAUGUCUUUAACCGGAAAUGGAAUACAAAGCGGAAACGAAUCCCAAUCGAGUAGUAAAAAUCAAUCUCCAGCUGGUUCUGCUACAUCUACAAUGACCCCAAAACAAGAUAGAUCUAUUACACCAACGACUAGUUCUGAUAAUGAACGUGAAAAACCAAAGAGAGCCGAACCAACUCCAACAGCAGAUUUGGAUAGAACAAACGACAAAGUAUAUGAUUGUACAACCCACGUUGUUAAAGCUGUAAUGAAAUUAUCACAAGGAGUCCAACUAUCGCACGCCGAAGCUUAUUUAGAUCACGUUAAAGAAGUCGGGGUUCAACUAAGAAAUUUAUUAGCAAGCGUCGAUAGUAUCGUCCCAUUUUUUCCAAUAACAGCGCAUCGUGAAGUCGAAUUAGCACAUAAAGUUUUAUCAAAAGAUAUGGCAGAAUUAGUAAACGCGAUGAAAUUAGCCCAACAAUACAGUAACACAACUUUAGAUUCGGAAUAUAGAAAGGGUAUGCUUGGCGCAGCUCAUGUUUUAGCGAUGGAUUCGAAGAAUCUCUUAGAUGUGGUGGACGCGAUGCGAAUGAAAUACCCGCAAAUUAAUCCUUUUUCGGGUGCUCCGCCCAAUAACCAAAGCGAAAUUUUCGAGAAAGAUCCAGAAAAUAGUAUGUACCACGCGAAAUUACCUCAACCUGUCAGUUGUACGUUUGUGCAGUAUCCCGUUUUUACCCAAAACGUUUCUUCGAGUUCAACAACAACAGCUUCUAAUGUCAGUCCAACACAAAUCGUUGAUAGUUAACUAAAUGAAAAAAGAAAGUGAAUAAGGAAAAAUGAAUUAACUUCCAAGUAACGUCCUCGAAAUGAUUUUAAAAAGA